AUGACAGGUAUGGAUAACAUAUUGCAUACACAGCAUUUUAUUCCUUUGUUUGUGCCAUGUCAUUGGGUAAAAAGGAUCAACCUUUGCCACAUGGGCAAGGCCCAUGGUGGUGCACCCUUCCUUGCCAUGGGGAAGGUGGCUGCACCCCAAGGGGGCGCCUCGGAAACUGACUCCGUCACAGCAUCGACAUCCCUGAAAAUGGAGGACUCCCCUCCCAGGGACGUGACGGAUGGUUGCAACAGCAGCGCGAGCAGCGACAAUGCAGGUCGAACGCACCGCAAGGAGCGGAAAGAGCGAAAAGAGCGGAAGGAAGGGAGUGAAGGAAAUGAAGGGUCGGAGGGAAAGCACCGGGAGGAGCAGAAGGAGAGAAUUCACGGAAAAGAAGAUGGAAAGGGGAGCGUGGGAAACGAUGGAUCUCAUGCGGAAGGGGAGGAGGAGACGGAGAAGAGGGAGAAAAGAGAGAGGAAGGAGAGGAAGGAGAGGAAGGAGAGGAAGGAGGGAGAGGAGAGAAAGGAGAGGAAAGAGAAGAAAGAGAGGAAGGAAAGAAAGGCACUGACGCCCAGAGCAGGGGAUUUACCUAGUCACAGGGGUGGAGGGUUCGAGGUUCCUGCUGGGGAGCUUAGGAGGACCAGGAGUGGGGAGUCCCCCCUUGUGGUGGCGGAGCGGGAGGAGGGGAAGGAGCGAGAGAGGGAGAAGGAGAAGGAGAAGGGAUGGGGGGAGGAGGUGGGGAGGGAAGCGGAGGGAAUGAAUGGGAGAAGAGGAAGAGAAAAUGGUGGGAUUGAUGAGGAGAGUGGAGGCAGCAGAGUUACAGGAAAUGCCUACGCGGCGGCAGGGCUAGCUGGGCCAGCAGAGGCAGCAGCAGGGGCAGCAACGGAUCUUCUCCCUCUCCAGGCAAAACGAGAGGGUGAGUUGGAGGAGAGAGAGAGGCGAAUCCGCGAGCUGGAGGAGGGGAGAGCGGCUCUGGAGAGCGAGAAAGCGCGGGUGCAGGGGGAGGGGCGGCGAGCAGAAGCAGAGAUGCGGCAGCUGGUGGAGCAGAAGGAGCGUUUGGAACGAGCAACGGCACGGGUAGAGGCGGAGAAAGAGCAGUUACAGAAGGAGAAGAGGCAGCUGGAGGAGGAGAAAUCGCGAGUUGAAGACGAGAAGCGGCAGGCUGAGGAGGAGAAGGAGCGAGCAGAUGAGGAGAAGAGGCAAUGGGAGGAGGAGAGGCAGCGACUGGAGGAGGAAAAGAAGCAAGCGGAGGAGGAGAGGCAGCGACUGGAGGAGGAAAAGAAGCAAGCGGAGGAGGAGAGGCAGCGACUGGAGGAGGAAAAGAAGCAAGCGGAGGAGGAGAGGCAGCGACUGGAGGAGGAAAAGAAGCAAGCGGAGGAGGAGAGGCAGCGACUGGAGGAGGAAAAGAAGCAAGCGGAGGAGGAGAGGCAGCGACUGGAGGAGGAAAAGAAGCAAGCGGAGGAGGAGAGGCAGCGACUGGAGGAGGAGGUGGAGUAUCUGACCCAAGAGCUGGAAACAGAGCAGGAGAUCGCAGCAGAGGCUGCUGAGAUGGCGCAGCGGGAGUGGGCGGCGCGGCAGGAGGCGCUGCGCCAGCUGGCAGAGGUGGAGCGUGAGCUGGCGAUGGAGGCGAGCGAGGCUGACGUGGCAGCUGCUGCCGCUGCAGCAGCUGCAGUGAGAGAAGCAGCAGGAGCAGGGGUGUCUGAAGGAGUGACUGGCACUCUGAAUCACAACGGAUCAUUCAAGGUGGAAGCUGCGGAUUUGGCCUCUUCCUCCGUUCGAUCACUCUCAUUCAAAGCGCAGGCCAGUGAACGUGAAGGUGGUGGUACAGUCGGCAAGGGUGCAGCAAGCAUAGGUGGUGUUGCAUCUGACACUGACCCAUCAGCAAGCACGGCAGACUUCUCUGGCUUCGACUUGAAACUACCCAGAGAAGCAUCUACCUCCCCAGAUCACCUUACGAUGCCUCACCAAACCUCCUCACCUGCCGCAUCUCACCGAGCACCGCGCUCAACCACUCACGCAAGCUCUGAACCAGCACCGCACAUGGCCGCUUUCCCGACCUCUCAAUCCCUCUCUGCCGCUGCUUACUCUGCCGACCAAGAUCACAACCCCAGUUCUCACCAUCCCAGGCGGGUAGGCUCGGCAGCGCCGAAGCUGGACAUGCUGGCUCGGAUCCGAUCCGCCACAUUCGUCCUCCGCAACAGCAGCAGCCUCUCAAACACCCCUCUGGGAACCACCCCUUUGGCCUCCCCUGGCUAUAUGGCUAAAGGCUCAGUAUUCUCCCAAGCAGCAGGCUCAGGGUUCUCCCGAGCAGUAGCAUUGGCAGAGGCAGUGGAGGCAGUGCAGGCAGUGCAGGCAGUGCAGGCAGUGCAGGUGACAUCUGGCAAGAGUGACAAUCCGUCCAUAGUGGAAGAGACAACAGGGGAUGGUACUGAGGUGUCACCGCUGUGCCUGCUGCUGCAACAGCAGCUACGCCAUCACCACCAGCAGAUGGAGAGUGCUGCUGGGGCUGCUGCUGCUGCUGCUGCUGCUGAUGCUGAUGCUGCUACUCCUGAUAAAACUACCACUGCUGAUGCCGCCUCAGAUGUAGAGGAGAGGGUGGGUGGGUUAGAGGCCAGUCUUGUUCUAUUCAGAGAGGACUCGGUCAAUGCUGAUGCCUUGGGUGGAGAUACUGAGGUGCUCGGGGGAGGGGAGGAGGAGGGAGGUGGUGUGGUUGGGGAAAAGGAGGGGGCGAGGAGGGGAGAGGGGCAGGAGGAGAGGGGGGAUGUGGAUAGGAUAGAGAUUCGACCAAAGAGGGUGGGGGAGGGGGGGGAGGGAGACGCCGUUAGAGAUGCUUGGAAGCAAGCCGAAGCACUUGACCAGGCUAUUCUUGCCAGCUGCCAAGCAAGAGAGGACAAGGAGAGGGAGAGAGACAUGGUGCUCCAAAGGCUGAGCGAUGUCGAGACAACAAUUGCCGUCCUGAAGUCCACAGGUGGCGCCACCAUCAACUCUGCUUCUGGAAAGCAAUCAGCAGCCUCAGCUGGCGUUCCAGCACCCCUAGGAGCCUCCCUGACUCCUGCUGCUGGAAUCAUCCCUCAAAACCUCCACCGAGGAUUUGCCAGUGAUGAGAACCUGAAACGCACCCCGUUGUACGAUUUUCACGUGGCGGAAGGCGGGAAAAUGGUCCCCUUCGCCGGCUACAGCAUGCCGAUCCAGUACAAGGACAGCAUUAUCGAUUCCACCAUCAACUGCCGGACAAACGGAAGCCUGUUCGACGUCUCCCACAUGUGCGGUCUUAGUCUGAAGGGCAAGGAUGUGAUUCCGUUCCUCGAGACGCUCGUGGUUGGGGAUAUUGCUGCUCUCAAGGAUGGCACUGGCACCCUGUCGGUUUUCACGAACCAGAAGGGUGGAAUCAUCGACGACACUGUCAUCACUCGGGUUACCCCUUCGCACAUCUAUCUCGUCGUCAACGCUGGCUGCCGCGAGAAGGAUUUGGACCACAUCGGAGCUCAUCUGGAGGCCUACAAGGCGGCGGGCAAGGACGUUUCCUGGCAGAUUCAUGACGACCGCGCGCUGCUGGCGCUGCAGGGCCCUCUGGCGGCGUCCACGCUGCAGCCUCUCGUGUCGACGGGCCUCUCCAAGAUGUCUUUCAGCGAUUUCACCAUGCUCAAGAUCGACGGCCACGAUUGCUUCCUCACCCGAACGGGCUACACUGGAGAGGAUGGGUUUGAGAUCUCCGUGCCUAAUGAGAACGCACUGGCACUUGCCAAGAAGCUUCUCGAGGUGGGCGAAGGCAAGGUGAGGCUCACCGGGCUUGGUGCCCGUGACUCUCUCCGCCUGGAGGCCGGACUUUGCCUCUACGGCAACGAUUUAACAGAGGAAAUUACCCCGAUUGAAGGUGCGCUGGCGUGGACAAUCGGGAAGAGGCGGCGGGCAGAGGGAGGGUUCAUUGGAGCUGACGUGAUUUUGAAGCAGCUGGCGGAUGGGCCUGCAAGGAGGCGAGUGGGGUUCUACUGGAGCUCCUGCGAGGAGCCACGUAGAGAUUUUGGAUAA